AAUCAGCGAGCUCCCUGUGGGAGCCUGCCUUUCCUCCCGCUCAAAUCACAAAGGUCCUCGGAGGCCGGCAGAGCAGCUUUCACGGUCGAGGCCCAAGUGCUGGAGGGCGCUGACGUGAGGUGCUCACCUGUCCGACGACCAAAAACAUCUGACCUUUUGCCAACAGAAGAAGGAAUUUUGGUAGAGUUAUGUCGGUACGAAAGCAGGAGCACUUAGUGCUUUUUGAAUUUGAUGAUGAAGAAGAUGGUCUGAGUGUUUUGAAGAAGGCUCGGUCUGAAGAAAAGAGCCCAGUGUUUAACAAAGAUGAGAGGAAGUGCCCUCCUGCAGAAGUAGAUGAAGCUAUGGGAGAUGAAAUACACACUAUGUUGGAUAAAUUCGGAGAUGGGAUUAAUAAUUCUCUUCUUGAAAAGAGAAGAAGAAUGCAAAUGUACUCUGGAACUGUUUCCAAAAAGAGUAGCUACAAGAUGAAACAAGUUUGGGGAACCAAACAACAGCGAAUGUUGGAAGUUAACAAUAAGUAUUACCCGCAGUUUAUGGAUCUGUUUAAGCAGUGGGAUUUGGAGAAGCAGAAAUACAAGAAACAGCAAGAAAACCUAAUUAAUAUUUUCCGCCAGCAGCAAGUGAUGCUAAGACAGUGCAAAAUUAAACAGAACCAGAGAAUGAAACUAAUUAUACAGAUGGUUACACGAUACACACAGAUUUUGAAGAACAUUGAGAAUAAGAAUAAUAAUGUUCGAUCGACUGCUUCAUUUGAUGAACUUAAAAAAGAAAUAGCUGAGUAUCAAAAGAAAUACAGGAUGGAAACUCAGCAGCAAGAGAUUGCAAAUAUUCGAAAGUCUCUUCAAUCCAUACUAUUUUCAUGAUUCUUUGAAGAAAACUUGAACCUGUGUGGAACAAUAUAAUUCUAAUGUUAGAUGAAAAAGCAUGUUUUUAUGGUGGAAAUUCAAGUUUAAAUAAAAUGAAAACAGGCACAUAGCUAGCACCUAUUCUGGUGUUUCCAGGUUUAACUCUUUUGUUGUUAAUUAGUGAGAUUUUUCUCUCCAGCAGUGUGAAUUCACUUUUGUGAAUAAAGAUUAGUUUCUUUCUUUUGCCAUCAGCAUAUUGCUUCAUUUUAUUUUGGAGACGUGAUCUUACCAUGUGACCCAGACUAGCCUCCUAUUUCUGAGCUCAAGUGAUGCUCACAGCUCAGCCUCCAAAGUACCUGUGAUUUUUAAUUUUGAUUUGCUGAUAUAUGUAUAGUAUUUAUGUGUAUGUACUAUAUGUAUAAUACUUAUCUCAAAAUUGAACAUGUUUAUGUGCCUCUUCAUGAAAAGGCAGCAGCAAAAGAUUGCAAAUUCUCAAAAGCUUUUUAAAUCUAUUAUUGUACUGUCCAAAUAAAAUAUAAGAAGGCAUGUGACUGGCAGCCGUUCCUCUGUAGCAAGGUUUCAACUCUUUUAUUGUAAAAGUGAAUUUUUUCUAUAACACUGUCAAAUCAUUUUAUCAUCAAUAAAGUGUAUUUAAGUUUUG